AUGUCGAACAAGACCCCUCAGCCUACCGCCUCUGGGCACACUUCUGGCGCCCAGCCGAAACAGCUCUCGCUGGCCACACGCGCCAUUCACAGCGAUGACCACAUCAGCGCUCACCGGGCCAUCGCGCCGGCCAUGCACGUCUCGACGACCUUUGAGUACAGUCGCAACCCAGAUGAUCUCAAGCACUGGGACAAUACCGAUCCCGCGGCUCCCCUCGACUCGCACAUCUACUCCCGCGCCACGGCCCCCAACACGACGCGCCUCGAGGCCAUCCUCUCGUCAGCCCUCAACGGGCCCUCGAUGACCUACGCCUCAGGUCUCGCCGCCUUUCACGCCCUGCUCGUGCGCCUCAACCCGCGCCGCAUCGCCAUCGGGCCCUGCUACCACGGCUGCCUCGGCAUCGUGCGCCUCAUGAACCGCCUCACGGGCCUCGAGGCCUUUGACCUGCCGCUCGACCCGCGCGCCGACUCGGACGUCUGGGCCCAGCUGCGGCCCGGCGACGUCAUCCACGUCGAGACGCCCCUGAACCCCACGGGCGAGGCCCUCGACCUCGUCGCCUACGCCGAGCGCGCCCGUGCCGCCGGCGCCUAUCUCACCGUCGACGCCACCUUUGCGCCGCCGCCCCUACAGGACCCGCUCACCUUCGGCGCCGACGUCGUGCUGCACUCGGGCACAAAGUACUUUGGCGGCCACUCGGACAUGCUGUGCGGCGUGCUCACCGUCAACCCGGCGCGCGCCGCCGCCACCGCCGCCGCCGCCGCCUCUGCCACCGGCAAAGCGGCCGAGGAGAAGGAAGACAUGGCGACGCUGCUGCGCUUCGACCGCAUCUUCCUCGGCAGCGUCAUGGGCAGCCUCGAGGGCUGGCUCGGCCUGCGGUCGCUGCGCACCCUCGAGCUGCGCGUCCUGCGCCAGUCGCGGUCGGCCGAGCAGCUCGUCGCCUGGCUCGACGCCGAGACGCGCCGCGACGGCAGCCCCGCCUCGCGCCUCGUGCUGCGCGUCAGCCACGCGAGCCUGCAGCCCGGGGCGCGCGAUCCCGACAGCUGGCUGCGCAAGCAGAUGCCCGGCGGCUUCGGCCCCGUCUUUGCCUUUUACAUGAAGGACAAGAGCCACGCGCGCCGGCUGCCGAGCAAGCUGGGACUGUUCCACCACGCGACGAGCCUCGGCGGUGUGGAGAGCAUCAUUGAGUGGCGCAGGGUCAGCGACGGCGAGUGCGAUGAGAGGCUGCUGCGCGUGAGCAUUGGUGUCGAGGGGUGGGAGGACCUGCGGGAUGAUCUUGUGGAGGGAUUCGCGGCUUUGAUCAAGGAGGAUGAGACGCCUCUGGAUGAUCUGAGGGGGUCUCUCGUCAUCUAG